GAUGUCUUAGAAGAUACCUUAGAAGAUGUCUUAGAGAAUAAAUCUACAAUAAUAUUUGAUUCAAGUUCUUCUUCAGAAACGGAAUUUGCACAAUUUUGGUCAGUAUAUUCUUCUUCACUUGGAUCAAAAUGUGAAGCAGCAUUAUUAAUUA